AUGUCCGAUUUAUUAUAUAGGGAAGACCCAGAGUUUGAGAUCGUGAAAAACCCAAAGGAGCAUGCUCGGACAGAUAGCCAAAAUACAUUAAAUCCUGUGUGGAUUGAUGAAGAUGAAGCUGGGAAGAUCAAAGUCGAAAACACUCUGAGUCAGCCCACCAUCCUUGAUAUUAAGGCACGCCUUAAUCGCAAAAGAAAACUGGGUUUGUCUGGUUCUCCGGAGCUUGGAAAUUGUGACGUUGAGAAAUUGUACGAAGUUCUUCGUGUUGAUGACGACUGUUUUACCGGAUCUGAGAUUCGCAUGCUUGACUGCGUGUUUGAAAAAUUUCCGGUCAGUUCAGCCAAGUUUUUUUCUGCCGGUGAAAAGAUCAUCCUCACGGGAAAGAAGUCUUACUUUAAAGUGUACGAUAUAAAUAGUGGCAAGGAAACGCACCCAAACGUUCCACUAGGAAUUCAUUGCAAGGAACAGGUCAAUAACGUUCAGGUAUCUCCUAAGGACAAUAUCGCAGCACUUUCUGCUCCCAACAGAGUCUACCUUGUUGAUCUGCGGACCCUCGAGAAAAUAGCCACUGCCCGUGUUAGCGGAAGUGUAACAUCGCACUGUUUCUCCCACAAAGGCGAGCUUCUCAACACCUUUUCAGCCGACGGUUCUGUCUUUGUGUUCGAUCUUCGCCACAACGCUCGCCCCAUGUAUCGGUGGACUGAUUACAGCUGUGCGGGAGGCAGCAGUUUCGCCAUUUCAGACGACUCCAAGUAUAUUGCAUGCGGGUCGGAAACGGGUUACGUGAACAUCUAUAUGUGGGCCGCAGUGAUGAACGAGGGCACUAGGACGCCGAAGCCUCUGAAGUCCGUGGGAAAUUUGGCCACUGGGGUCGACCAGCUGCUCUUUCACCCCUCCGGACAGGUACUUUACAUGGCGUCGUCCCUGGAGCCAGCAGCGGCCAGGCUGUUUGACCUUGACUCCCAGCGUGUAUACUCAAAUUUCCCAGCCUGCAUGGGUGAGCUCGGAGUUCCCACCUCUGUUGGUUUCAGUCUGAACGGUGGUUAUCUCGCCGUCGGGCAGGAGAGUGGCAGGGCGGCGCUUUAUCAAUUUGACUGGAAAAAGGCCAAGUAUUAA